AUGUCCGUGCUGGAAAGUGCUAGCUUCAUAGCUCAAAAUAGCAAGAAUGUCCGUAUCCCUAUCGACAAUAUCGACCGUGCCGCUCGAUUCACAUUGGACAACAUGAGAGCCAAGGAGUACAGCACACACACGUGGAAUGAGCAUGCUUUGCAACCCAAAGAGAAGAAUACAAGCACUGUCGACUGGAUUUUCCUUGUGGAUGUACUCAACUUUUCAUUUUGGAGCGAUUUGGAUGAUGGAUGCAAGGAAAAUAGUGAACGCUACACUGUGAAGUACAAGGGGACGCCGUAUACGGGUUAUUGGUCAUUGUGUGCAGCUAUCAACCGAGCCUUGGAUGAUGGUAUUCCCAUAACAAGCCCGGCUUAUUAUGCCAAUGCAUCGGUUCAAGAUCUUGCAGAUGUCUUUGCAUCCGAGACCAAGGAGUCGAUUCCGUUAUUCAAGGAGCGCGUUGCUGUGAUCCAUGAAGCUGGCCAAGUCUUACUUGAGAAAUUCAACGGGUCCUUUGUUAACUGCAUCCGGCAAGCCAACUUUUCAGCAGCUGCAUUGCUACGUAUCAUUGUCGAGAAUUUUCCAUCAUUCCGCGACAUUCACAUGUAUCAAGGACGUGAAGUGUAUAUUCUGAAACGUGCUCAGAUUCUAAUUGCCGAUAUAUGGGCGUGCUUCGAUGGUCAAAGCUACGGUGAGUUCCACGACAUUGAUACGAUCACCAUGUUUGCAGACUACAGGGUUCCACAGGCACUUUGUUAUCUUGGUGUGCUCGAAUACUCUCCAGAGCUCUUGGAAAAAUUAAACAAACGGCAAAUGAUUGCUUCGGGUUCUCAAGACGAAAUUGAGAUUCGGGGCAAUUCUAUAUGGGCAGUCGAGCUCAUGAUACGUCGUAUCAAGGAAAUUGCUCCGGAUCAACCCAUUAACGCCAUCCUGGUCGAUUUCUACAUUUGGGACACUGCAAAGGAAAUACAAGAGCAAAUGGAUAUUCCCAUACAUCGCACACGUAGCAUUUACUAUUAG